AGUACUUCAACUAUAGUUUUGAAAAAUGAUCACCCGAAAGUGUCCCCCUCAACAACUCGAUCUAAAUAUACGAUCGCAGCAAUAAUGGUUAGUGUCGAGAAAGUAAGGCACAAACUAUGGAACCUUCUAUACGCGUUGUGCCACGAUCCGAAGCGCCUGGUCCGCGGGGUAGUGCUGUUCAUCUGCAGCAUCGUCGUCAUGUAUCAGCUGACCGAUUGUUUCAAAAAGCUGUGCAACCCGCCAAUCUCGACUCACUCCCGGUUCGAUCUGAACGACUCCAUGCUCUAUCCGGCAAUAACUUUUUGUCGCGAACCGGCAUAUAAAGCAGAUAUAAUGGCAAAGUACAACCUGGCAAUGCAUCCGAAGUACACCAGUUCAUUCGAUCGGUUUCCCUUCAACGAGUCCACGCUGGAGCAGCUGUUUAGCGAAGCGACCUACAACCAUAGCGAGUUUUUCAUCCAGCAUGGCUUGAACGGUGGCACAAACAAUAUUGAAGUCGUUGAAAGUUUGCAUUUAGACAUGGGACGAUGCUACACGCUGAACCCGCUGAUCACAACAAAACAUUCCUGGAAGGAGGCUGGCUAUUCGAUCAUGUUGCGCCACGAUACGAACGUCACACGAGUAAGCGUUGGCGACACACCGCCUGGCUGGCAUGUGUUUAUUCAUGAUGAAACGGAAGGAUUUGCUGAAAAUCGUAUGCAAUCAUCUGGUCGAGUGGAGUAUCUGUUUCUGGAGGUCAACGAAGAAAUGGAAAUUCGCUUAUCAACGCAGCACUUUUUCAUGUUGGCGAGCUACGAAAAUGAAUGCGUCGAGUUUUCCACCGUAAGCUCUACCAGGUGCGGAGAAAUUUGCCACUGGAAUGCAGUGGUUGAGUCAGUUGGAUGCUCUGGGCCCUGGAUGCCAGGAAGGGUGGUGCAGGAUUGUGACAAUGCCGAAAGUACAAAGCAACUAAUUAAACUCUACCGACAGCUAGAAGAUCUAGAUGGGACACAGUGCGGCUGUUAUCAACCGUGCACUACCACUAUAUACACUGCAUCUGUCAUGAAUCGCAAACCCUUCCAUAUCAGUGUUCCAGCUGCACAGCUUUGGGUGUACUACACGUCCAAAAUGGUGACGAUUGUAGAGGAAUUCCACGGUUAUGAUUUCAAUCAAUUCGUCUCAGAUCUUGGAGGUUCUCUUGGAUUUUUGCUCGGCUUGUCGGUUCUCGGGCUUAUUGGGCUGCUGGAGAAAAUUGUAGAGCUGGUCUUCAUUCGACGACUAUUAGCCGAAAAACGGAAGAAACAAAUGGCCAAGGAAGUUGUCAACAAUGACGAAACACAGCCAACAAGAUCUGAAGAGGUGAAACAUUCGGAUGCGGAUACGAAAAUGGCCAAAAGUGGACCACCAACAGAGACUAAUUUGAAAGAUUAG